AACCUCUCACACACAUUGGUGACAGAAAACCUUCUCCAAAUUCCUCCUAUAAAAGGCUCCAAAGCCCUCCUUUAUACCUUCUAUUUUUUCACCUUCCAUUUCCAUUCUCGCGCCUCUGAAAGAUCCAGAAAAACCCUAAAAAACCUCCAUUCUUAAACGGAGGUGAGAGAAAGAAAGAGCAAGUAGCAGAGCCAAUACCAUCUUUCUCUCACCUCAUUCGCUUGCUAUCUUUCUCGGAUCCAAAUCUGAGCUCAGGAAUUUCAACAUUAAUGGCGGCAUCAGUCCAGCAAGCCACAGUUCCUCCUGAUGUUGUUGGUAACGCAUUUGUUCACCAGUACUACCUGAUCUUGCAUCAAUCGCCAGAACUUGUGCACCGAUUUUACCAGGAUGUCAGUAGGCUUGGUCGUCCAGAGGAGGGUGGGAUAAUGAGUACCACAACUACCAUGCAUGCCAUAAAUGAGAAGAUACUUUCACUUAAUUAUGACGAGUUCAGAGCAGAAAUUACUACAGUUGACUCACAAGAAUCAUACAAUGGAGGAGUCCUUGUCCUCGUGACAGGGUAUUUGACUGGAAAAGAUAAUUUACGGCAGAAAUUUGCUCAGAGUUUCUUCUUGGCACCUCAAGACAAAGGCUAUUAUGUUUUGAAUGAUGUCUUCCGUUAUGUUGAUGAUGCCAAGAAUCAAAAUGGAACUCUUGGUUUUUUUAACACUGUUGAAGCUCCAGUUAAUCCAGGCCAGGAUCUCCCUUCUGUACAAGAAAAUCACAUUUCUGAGCAACCAAUUGCUUUAUCUGAGGAAGCCAAUGGGGAGGAAGUCUAUGACCCAUCUGAGAAUGGGGAUGGUUCAAUUGAAGAAGAGGAACAACCAGUGCCUGAAGUUGUCGAUGAAAUUCCUGAUGAUGCUCAGAUGGUUACUGAGUCACAGAUAGUUGCUGAAUCUAGUUCUAAGAUUGAAGAAGUGCCAAAGAAGUCGUAUGCCUCCAUUGUGAAAGUUAUGAAGGAGAAUGCUGCGCCGUUUUCAAGCCCUGCCCCUUCUCCUCUCAGAUCUACACCAAAGAGUCAAGAACAAGUAAUUGCUGCAGUUAUUCCUACUGCGGCAUCUGAGACACAUGUCUCCACUUCAAAUGCUACUGAAAAUGGGAAUGCCCAGGAGGGUGAAGCUGAGGGUCCUUCAAUCUAUGUAAAAGGUCUACCUUUGGAUGCUACACAUGCUCUACUUGAUAGUGAGUUUAAGAAGUUUGGACCUAUUAGGACUGGUGGGAUUCAAGUUAGGUGUCAAAAGGGGUUUUGCUUUGGCUUUGUGGAAUUUGAAGUGGUAAGUGCUGUACAAAGUGCCAUAGAGGCUUCUCCUAUCAUGAUUAAUGGAUGCCGGGUUGUUGUUGAGGAAAAGAGAUCUACUCGAGGGAACAAUAGGGGACGAUUCUCUUCUGGAGGAGGGGUUGGAUAUAGGAACGAGGGAGCAAGAGGGCGUGGAAAUUUUGGAGGGAACAAAACCUACGGCCGUGGUGAUUUCAAUAACAGGACAGAGUUUGGAAAUAGGAAUGGUAACCGGGGUGGGUAUUCAAACCGUGGAGGUGAAGGAUAUCGAAGGGCUGAUAAGAUGGGGAGCAACGGUGGCCGAGCAAACCGAGCUGGUGGAUUGACUUUUAAUGCUGCGGCUAAAACCACAGCACCACGAGUUUCUGCUACUGCUUGAAGAUCUGUAACUUGAAAGUUGGUUUUUGGGAGUGAUUAAAUAUAUUUUUGUGUUCAUUAGUUUAUCAGAUUGAUUUAAUAGCACUAAACGAGAUCAUAGAGUUCUACAGAUGAGCUUUCUGAAAUUUUUGUUUAAGAUUUUUUUUAUUUUAAGGAUUGCUUUCUCGACUUUUUGUCCAUUCUUCCUUGACAAGAAGUCAUUUCGGUGGAUAGCAGAAAUGUUUCAGUGCAUUAUAGUUUUAACCCUUAAGCUUUAUGAAAAAUUGUCCGGGCUUGAUUUCUCUCA